UAUGCAGUGGCCAUCAUCUUCUCUGUUCUGUCUUUUAAACAACACUCGAGUCUGUCUCUUCUUCGCAGCCGCGACUCCUCUCUGUCGCUCUACUAUAAUCUCCCCGCCGAUCAAUAAUAACAUUUUCUCCGAUGGAAGAGAGUGAUGCUGUUCCAAAACCAGUUGUUGUUGACCCUCCAUUAUACGACGAAGCUCCUCCUUCGGCUUCUCGACGCCGGCCGGUGAUGAUCGCCGCCGAUGCAGCUCCUCCAGAAGAAAAUCAUCUCAUUCAGCGGAUUCAAAGAGCUCUUGUGGAAUUGCGUGAAUUGAGAAAUCAGUUUAAUGCUAUUCUUAGGGAACUAGAAGUCGAAGUAGGAGAAGAAGAAGAGCAAGCGGAAUCUUCAGUGGAGGAUCCAGAGGACUCUGAUUCUUAGUUGUUUAUUAGAAAAUGUUUUGUUUCUUUACUAGUUACCUAUUUUAUCUAUUCUCUGCCCUCAUGAUUUGCCUAAA